GGCAGCUAGGCCCGUAGACGGCUAACAUUAACAGUCACGUUAAGUCGGACGGUGUCCGGUCCCAUAUGUAGACUUGAUUACAUCCAAAACAUGCCUUGCUUUCUUAAUAGCAAUUCCAUUCGGCUUCUUAAAACAGAAGCAUUUAAAUACGAGGUUGAUAACAGCUUAUUAUUCGUAGGACACGAUAUACGGAGCUAACAACGGUGCUAGCUAGCCAGCGAUGUGCUAACGUUAGCUAUUGUGGUUAAACGUCCACGAAUGUUACCGUUUAAUGACAAAAUAUAAAUAAAUAUUAAAUAAACUCCUCAUCUUGACUGCUGAUAUCUUUGCAACCUUUGCCAUAUGUGGGAUGAUUCACACAAAGAGAAGAGCUAUUUAAGUUGCAAUUCGCUUAAAUAAGACUACCUUCAUAUGGUUCACGUACCCUUAAGCAACUUCAAUUUUAGCACAGACAAACAUUAGCUGUUCGUGAAACCCCUGUGACUUCAAUUUUACCUUUACUGGCGUAAACCAUAGUCUCUACUUGCUGGAAGCGAUGGUUGGCCCCUCUCCCUAAUGAAAUGCCAGCAUGAAAACGAAAUAACGAGGAGAAAUUGCCUUGCACUCUAGCGUUAAACCAAAACGUACACAGAACCACAUUUACACUGUCUCUAACACUUGAAAAAUAACAUCACAAUCAAGUUAUAAUUGAGUGCACAGAGUAAAAUAGGACUGCAAGAUUUACUUACAUGAUCGCUUACAUAGAAAUUUGCAUUCUUUAAAGCUUAAUUUGUCAGGUGGUAGGUUGUUUUUCUUAUUAUUAAAACACUUCAACCUCAAUAAACCUUUUUUUUGUAGUUUAUAUCUCAUGGGUCAUCUUUCCUUCAGUCAACACAUUUUUUUUUCAUUUGUUUGGACAGCUUUUUACAAUGUGUGCAUUUUUGUCCAUGAUUUAGGCAAGUUUAAGACCUCCUUACCAUUUUAAUUUUGUACUCACUUUGCCAUUUAUCUUGUGAAACAGUAGCUGGAACAAAAAAAUAUCUUUUUGUGCAAACACCACAGCUACUGAUAGCAAUGCACAAUGUUAUAGGCGUGAUAUCCAUACGGGCAGAUAUUCGUAAAGUAAAUUAUCUUUAUUGAAUAUGAACAUUUCUGCUGAUAUUUACAGCAGAUAUUUUGACUAUAAAAUCUGCUCAUAUCAGCUGUAAAUAUUGGCUGUACAGAUAAAUAAGUUAGUGGAGUUUUAGGCUAGACUGACAGACCCUGAGUCAGCUUAUGUCUUUUUCGCCGUUCAUCAUCAUUUCAUAAACUUUAAAUUAAGUGUUUUAAGGACCUUAAUUUGUUCAUUAGUUCAUCAUUAAACUUUAAAUUGUGUGUUUCAAGAACUUAAGUUUUAGGACUGAUCUACAUUCAAAUAAUGGUAUUGAUAUUGCAAUUGGCUAAAAUUAAUUUGUAAAUAACAGAUAUGUGCAAAAAUCCAUUAUUCCCUACUGACAAACAGGGCUUUACUUUAGGACGUUACCAAAGUCCAAAACAUGAGUUGUUUUGUCCAUCUAGAAACUAGGGAUCAACUGAUUAUCGGCCUGGUCAAUAUUUAGUAUUUAGCUGAUUAUUUGUAACUGUAUUUUAUUUUACAGACAACUGGCCAAGUUAAGAAUAAUUUAAAGGUUCCUACUUUGGUUACACAAAAUGUGCAAAGUCAUCCCCUCUGGAUUUAUUUUUACUCUCCACAGUCUCAACAAAUGUCCUGUCCUACAUGAAUUCUAGCCAAUCAACACUUCAGCCUGGGUGCCACUGACACAUUAUGGACUCUGAGGAGAAUGAAGUGGAGAGCAGCAGUGACGCGGGUCCCUCAGGGAUGGAAGAGCCGUCUGAAAGUGGCAUGGGUAUGGAGUCAUCAGAGGCCAUGUCUGCAGACAGCAGUGAUGCGGCUGCCUCUCAUACACAGGCCCCAGAGUCUGACUGCCACGUGGGACAGAGCUCAGAGGGACUUGUGGUGUUCAUCCCAGAAACCAGCUCUAGCACAGACAUCAGAGUUUCAUCAGUCCACCUCCCAGACUCCUCAUCAGUGGCCCAGUCGACCAGUGUGUCCAGUGUCUCCACAGUGACUCAGUCAGUGCUGGUGUCUGAGUCAGCACAAGUGCUGGUCCACUCCAGUGCUGUAUCUGAGGGAGCCAUGAUGGUAUCUGACUCAACUGCUUCUACCUCGUCGGACCUUGGUUCUGCUAUUGAUAAGAUCAUAGAGUCCACAAUCGGUCCUGACAUCAUGAAUGGAUGCAUAGCUGUGACCAGCGCAGAAGACGGAGGUGCAGAGACAACCCAGUAUUUGAUACUACAGGGACCAGAUGAUGGUGCGCCUAUGGUUGCCCAGAUGUCAUCCUCAGCACUCUCUGAUCGUAUAGCCAUAGAAGCUCUCGCCGAAGGCCCCACAUCCACCUGUCUGGACCAGGGAGACCUUCAGGGCAACCUUGAACCUGAUCAGCCAGAUGAUCAGCCUGGACACUCAGGGUACCCAGAGGACAGCAGCAGUCAGCCUGACCAGCCGCAGCACUCUCACCCCUCCCAGUACUUAGACUGCAGUACAGAUGGUCCAGACCAGACCGGAGAGUCUUCAUCUUCCUAUGUGGAGUGUUCAAGUGAGGAACCUGAUCAGACUCGCUCUCAAUCAGGUUUCCCGGACUACAGCGGGGAUAAUAGUGACCAGGACCUGCCUGGGUAUGUGGAGUGCAGCGGGGCGGACUCAAAUCCCAUCAGCAGGGGACACUACGUGGUUGAGUGCAGCGCUGGUUAUCUGGAGUGUGCAGUUGACGAUGGAGAGCAACCGCAUCAUUCACGCAGCUACAUUGACAGCAGCGCAGACCACCGGACACAGACAAGCCGGCAGUAUGGGGCUGAGUAUGGAGCAGGUUGUGUUGCAGCUGCAGACUCUGAGCAACCAGGUUGUUCUCAGUAUGUAGCAAGAGACGUUGACGAAGAUGAUGAGCAGAGUCAGGAUCCAGAUCAGCCACAGCACUCUCAGCAACAGCCCCAGCACUCUUGUUACAGGGAGAGCAGCAGUGGCCCUGAGGCUUCUCUGUAUAACGACGACAGCUCCUCAUCAGACCUCCCUCUGGCAGACACAGCAGGCUCUGCUGGGCUUCCUGAAGCACUGGAGUGCAGUGAGAGCCAGCCUGGGCCCUUCAUCAGCAGCAGUGGGACCUACACCUCUAAUCCAGAGCCUGAAAUGGCCCAACAUUGCUCUCCUAGCCAAGAGGAACCCCAGGGCUCUCAGGGGCCUCAGGAUGAAGCUGGGAUGGUAAGAGAGAUGGAAACAUCAACUGUGGAGGAAGGUUCAGGAGAAAGAGCACCAAACCUGGCAGAGUUGGAGGAGAUGAUGGAAGUUGUGAUUGUGCAGCAGUUCAAGUGUAAGAUGUGUCCUUACAAGAGUGCCUCUAAAGACACGCUUAUCAACCAUAUGAGAGAAAAACACUUCAAACCUGCAGGGGAGAUGCCAAAGAAGCGUAAGCGGGGAAGACCUCCUAAAAGUGAAACGCUGGCCCGUCGCAAUGCAGAGAAGAAGGAAGCUGAAGAGAAAAGGACAGCAAAGGUGAAGGCUGCUGAGCCGCAACAAGCAGAAGAAGAGGAUGAUGAUAUUGUGGAUGCUGGUGCUAUUGAUGAUCCUGAAGAGGAUAGCGAUUACAAUCCAGCAGAUGAGGAUAGUAAUGGAAGACCACCUGUUCUGAAGAAACCUGCUCCUCCGAUCUCAUCCUCUACUCAAGGGCGCCCUCGACGCAAGGUUGGACGUCCAAGGAAGUACAGCCUCGUAGAAGAAGGCUACAGUGGCAAAGAAGCAGAGAGCAUUUCUAAGAAGCCCAGGGUAAGCACAGAUACCUGUGCUCCUGAAGAAGCUACUUCUUCUGGAUUGAACAACGGUCCUGCUGUGGGGACUGAAGGAGAUUCCGCUGAAGCAGCAAUUAGCCAAUCAGACUCUGAGAACAAAGACCCCUCAUCCAACUCUCAGCCUGAAGAGGAGUUUUUUCCCAGGAAACGUGGCCGACCUUCCAAGCGUUUUCUUCGGAAAAAAUAUAAGAAGUAUAUCAAUCGAAAUCGGUACUAUAAAUCCCUCAAACCUCUUCUGAGACCUCACAACUGUUGGAUUUGCGGCUCACGCUUCCUCACUCAGGAAGAUCUGCGCUUCCAUGUGGACUCUCAUGAAGGCAAUGACCCAGAGUUGUUCAAGUGCCUCCAGUGCAACUAUCGCUGCAAGCGCUGGUCCUCACUCAAGGAACACAUGUUCAAUCAUGAGGGCACCAAGCCGUUCAAGUGUGAGGAGUGUGAUUAUACCAGCGUCUACAAGAAAGAUGUCAUUCGCCACUCAGCAGUCCACAAUAAAGACAAGAAAAGAAAAACUGAGACAGUACCAAAGGUGUCAGAGUUCCUCUGCCCCGUGUGUCACAGAGUUUACCCCAUGCAAAAGAGACUGACCCAGCACAUGAAGACUCAUAGCUCUGAGAAGCCACACAUGUGUGAUAAGUGUGGCAAAUCCUUCAAGAAACGGUACACAUUCAAGAUGCACCUACUGACCCACAUCCAGAGUCUUGGAGACAGCAAGUUCAAGUGUGAAUUUUGUGAUUACACAUGCGACAACAAGAAAUUGUUGCUCAACCACCAGCUGUCUCACACAAACGACCGGCCCUUUAAGUGUGACUACUGUAAAUACUCCACUUCCAAAGAAGAGUUCCUGGUGUCACAUCUGGCCAUCAAACACACAGGAGAGAAGCCUUUCUCUUGUGAUAUGUGCCACUUCAUGACCAAGCACAGGAAGAACUUACGCCUACAUGUGCAGUGUCGUCACCCUGAGUCGUUUGAGGAGUGGUCAGUGUCUCACCCUGAAGAGCCAGUCAGAAGGCGACGCAGACCGUUUUUCACCCUGCAGCAGAUAGAGGAGCUCAAACAGCAACAACAUAACGACGUGCAGGGUUUACAGAACACUAUUGUUGCAGUUGAUUCUGCAACGCUACAAGCCAUGCAAGGUAUGGAAAAUGCAUCAGUGGCCCAGGAUGCAUUGGGAAACACCACCAUCAUCUAUGAACAAGCUGAAUCCAGUGAGCUGUCCGCUCAGAAUGCUCUUGAUCUGCUGCUGAAUAUGAGCAAUGCCCGGGAACUGGUUGGAAACAGCUUACAAGUGGCAGUGCUGAAAUCUGAAGGAAAAGCUCUAGAGAAAGGCACAUGGAGCACAGUCACUACAGCACCAGGCCAGGCCCAAAAGGUUGUGACCUUCCAUGUGUCUGAGAACGGAGAGACAGUGCUGCAGGAGGCCUACGAGGCAGCCACUUCUGAAACAGGAGAGCUCACCCAGAUUGCCAUAGAAGCCUAUGAGGGUGGAGGAGAGUUCAGUGUGGUAGAGCAGGCUCCUGAAGAGAACCAGAGUCCUGAAUACAGUAAUGGUGAGAGCAGUCCAUCUCAGGCUGCAGAAGUAUCUGGAUCAGAGAGCCUGAAAGGUGACAAGUUCUACCUUUCUUCAGGCUUGCCUGAUGGUGUUCUGCAGCAGGUGGAGCUGAGCAGUGAAGCUCCAGCCUCGCCCUCUGCUGGGAACUCUCCUGGUUUAAGCACCAAAAGGUUUUCCUGCAGAAUAUGCAUGGAGUCUUUUCACGGACGCUCUGACAUGGAGAACCACAAGAGGGCGCACUUGGAUCCCAACACAUUCAAGUGUCCUGAUUGUAACUUCACCUCAUCGUCCUGGCCUGAGGUUAAGACUCACAUGGAGCUACAUUCAUACCUUCGCCCUCACAAGUGUCCAAGCUGCAGCUUUGCUUCCAAGAACAAAAAAGACCUGCGCAGACACAUGAUGACCCACACCAAUGAGAAACCAUUUGCCUGCAAACUUUGUGGACAAAGAUUUAACCGUAAUGGCCAUCUGAAGUUUCACAUGGAGCGUCUCCACAAUCAGGAUCAUCCCACUCGCAAGAACCGAACCCCUACAGCUCAGCAGACCAUCAUAGUCAACAGUGAUGAAGAGGCGCUGGCCACGCUACAGUCCCUGCAGGGGCAGGCAGUGAUCACUCCAGAGCGGUUGCAGGCACUGGGUCAGGAGCACAUCAUUGUAGCUCAAGAACAGGCACUAUCAGACCAGGAGGAUGGCACAUACAUCCAGCAGAUAACCACCAUAGAUGGACAAACAGUUCAGCACCUGAUGACAGGAGACAACCAGGUGACUGAGGUUCAGUACAUCAUCUCACAGGAUGGAGUGCCACAUUUGAUCCCUCAGGAGUAUGUGGUUGUAGCUGAUGGAAACCACAUUCAGAUGCCUGAUGGACAUAUCAUUCAGUAUGAAGGUGAUGGGGCCUUUCUGCAGGAGCAACAGAUUGCUGUAAGUCAUGAUGGUCAGAUCCAGUAUCUACCAGUGAGCUCGGAACAACAAGUCGUGAAUGCUGAGGAUCUGGAAGCUGCUGCUCACUCUGCUGUUGCAGCUGUAGCAGACGCAGCCAUGGCACAGACUCAGACAGUCUACACUGAAGCAACACCUGAACAGCUGGAGCAGCUGCAGCAGCAAGGCAUCCACUACGAUGUCAUCACCUUCACAGAGGAGUAGACAACUUCUUCAAAGCUACCUGGAUACAAACCUGUGCCGAGCAGGACCGUCACACACCGCUAUGAGCUACACUGACCUCAUCUUAUUUAUAAAUUCAGCUGAACUGGAACAUUUUCUUCUCCACAACUGAACCUGCAUUGGGCAGACGCACACAAAUCAAAACAUUUUUGUAAAUAAAAAUGAUCAUUCUCUAACUUUUCUCUCAAAGGCUGUGCACUCAGUAGUCAAAAUAAGACGGGUUUGUCUCCUCUGUCAUCAAUAAUGCUUCAUGUUUAUGUGCCUCAACUGCUUCCUUUUGCAAGACAAUGAAAUCAAAGAAAAAUUUAAAGACUUAUAUCAUGUUAUAGAAGCUACACAGAGCGUCCAAAUAGGAAUGUUUUAGUUUGAAUGGGAUGAAGUGAAAGCGCAAUGUUUAUUCCAUAUGUUUAUUUUAUGAAUGCCACAACAUUGUUUUGGCUUUAUUGAUAAAUAUGUACAUAUCUUUUGAUUUUGUCUUCUGGUCCAUGAUGGAUAUGUGCUGAUUUGGUGACUAGAAAAUGUUUAAUAAGCUUAAAGCUGAUACCAAAUAAAUCACUUUGUGUAUCCUUCUACAUUUUUCUUACUUCAUAUAAAGUAGAAAUAUAUUGAAUUAAAUUCAGCUGACAGGCAUGAGGAAAAAGAAGACUAAAAAGUCUGUUUGCAUGAGUGAAUGCAGA